AUGGACCCUGAAGCAGGACCUGUGUCCUACCAAAAGCUGCAACUCUGGGAGCCGGGCUUGGAGUCUGAGGAGGAAGAGGGGGAGAUCUCAGAGCCACUGGUUCUCUACCCCUGGAGGCCCCAUGACUCCUCUGGGAACAAGAUUGGUGGCCUCGCAGGAGCCUGGGCCCGACCAGCUGCAGCCCUGCUACUGCUGGCUGUUGGCCUCUCCCUGGCUGUGAGGCAGCUCCAGAUUAGCCGUGGCUAUACCAGAAGUGUGGGCUCUGUCCUCCCUCCACCCACCGGGCACUCUCAUCACCCAGGCGUAUACCACCACGGUGCCAUCAUCAGCCCUGCUGCUGCAUGUUCCAGCCUGGGCCGAGAGCUCCUUGUGGCUGGAGGCAAUGUCGUGGACGCUGGAAUCGGAGCAGCUCUGUGCCUGUCAGUGGUGCACCCUCAUGCCACAGGCCUAGGUGCUAUAUUCUGGGGCCUCUUCCACAAUAGUUCCUCAGGCAAUUCAACCGCCCUGACCUCAGGCCCAGCCCAGAUCCUGGCACCCGGGCUAGGGCUGCCCACGGCUCUGCCUGCCCUGCGAUUGCUGCACACACGCUUUGGCCGCUUGCCCUGGCCACACCUGUUGGGAGGCCCCACCACGCUGGCUCAGGAGGGCUUCCAGGUGGAUACACCCCUGGCAAGGGCGCUGGCAGCCCAGGGCACAAAGGGCCUCUGUCCACUGCUUUGCCAUGCUGAUGGGACCCCCCUAGGUCCUGGGACCCGAGCUGCCAACCCAAGACUGGCAGAUGUGCUACGCAGGGCAGCACUUGUCCCCACCCCACACCUUGCUGGGGAUGCCCUCCUCAGUCUGAUGGCCAACGACUUGGGGCUGGAAGCCCCCUCAGCUGAGCCCAUGCCUACCUUGGAGCCAGCACUGCAGCUCUCUGUGCCCCAGGGCAUCCUGUUCACCACCCCCAGCCCAUCAGCUGGCCCAGAACUGCUAGCCCUGCUGGAGGCAGCCCUACACUCCGGGGAGGCCAGCUCUGACCUCUGCCCACCGCCGCUUAUGCAAGCUACAGGGACGCCUGUGAGCAGUGUCCUGGCUGCCAUCGACAGCAGCGGCUCUGUGCUCCUUCUUACCUCCUCACUCAACAGCUCCUUCGGCUCUGGACGCCUGUCCCCCAGCACUGGGGUUCUGUUCAGUAACCUGGUGACCAGGUCUGCAACAAGUGCCUGGGCUUGCCCCCUCAUCCUUCGCAGCAGCCUGGAAGACACCGAGGCCAACGUGUUGGGGCUGGUAGCUUCAGGGGCGCCUAUGAUAACCAGAGCCAUGACUAGCGCCCUGCUCAGACACCUGGCAGCACCCCAGACUCAGUCCCACCACCAACCCCAGCAUCAGAAAGGACCAACAGAGAGCCCCAGCACUUGUGUUCAGGAGACCCUGCUCCAGGUGACAGCCUAUGCAGAGCAUGCCCACGUCUCCAGUGUCCCCCACGGCUGCUGCCCCUUCCAAGGCUUCUAA